CUUUGCACCUUGAAAGGAAUUAAAUUGUUGUAAUCACAGUCCGUCAAUAUGUCUAAACGAGGUCGCGGUGGUGCCUCUGGCAACAAGCUCAAGAUGACUCUCGGUCUCCCAGUGGGAGCCGUCAUGUCAUGCGCUGACAACUCCGGUGCCCGAAACCUCUACAUCAUCUCCGUCAAAGGAAUUGGUGCACGAUUGAACAGACUGCCUGCCGCAGGUGUGGGUGAUAUGGUCAUGGCUACCGUCAAGAAGGGAAAGCCUGAACUCAGAAAGAAAGUCAUGCCAGCAGUGGUUGUGCGACAAUCGAAGCCAUGGAGACGAGCGGACGGUAUCUACCUCUACUUCGAAGAUAACGCCGGUGUCAUCGUCAACCCCAAGGGCGAAAUGAAGGGCAGCGCUAUCACUGGUCCCGUCGGAAAGGAGGCAGCUGAGCUGUGGCCCAGAAUAGCCAGCAACAGUGGUGUCGUGAUGUGAGCAGGUGCAAAAUGCGGAGUUUGGGGCACUUUGAAAAAGAAAAAAAAGCUGUAUCGGUGGACAGAUGCAGAAUGCACAUGCUUCCUCGGUCAGAGCCGGAACUACGAAGCACGCAUAGAAGAACGAUACCAUGAACAGAUCGAUCAAUUUUCGCCAUUGGAAUUGGACUCGAGCCUUAGCAUUUCGGUUUCCACAGCCGAGUGCGGGCAACAGAAGUGUCCUACUGCUGAAUGCGAUUUCACUAUCGAUCUAUUUAGCGUUGCUCUUGAGACACCGAACAUGCUACAUUCGUGGUCUUUUGGCAUCGCUGCCUAUCUCGUAUACGAUUACCCAGUUUCGAACCCAACAAAGUAUGAGAUGGCUCCUUCCAGCUUGA